CCUGCGGAGAAACCAGUCAGUGUGUGUGAAAUGCCGCGAUGACGACGACCUCGAGUGCAACCCUGCUGACGGACAGCAGCCAGGGCGUGCUGGCCGACCCUUCAGGUCCGAGCCCUGACGCCAGGUCGCCGCCGCCGCCCCUCAGUGCCUCCGACGGCGCCGACCGCCGCCGCGUGCAUGCCGGCGCCUCCCAGCUCCUCCUGGCCGCCGGCCUCCUCGUCUGGGCGGCCGUCGCGGUGUCCGCCGAGGCCGCCCUGGCACCCGCGGCCGCGGCCUCAGGUCUAGUCGGCGGCCUCUUUGCCCUGGCCGCCGGCCUCGCGGGGCUCGCCGCCCGACGCGCUAAAUUGGCCGCCAGACGCUGUCACUCGGCCGCUGUAGUGGCCGUGGCCGCCUCCGCCAUCUCCCUGGCCGCCUGCAGUCUCGUCCUCGCCCUGGCCGCCACCGGCCUCCUCAGGGACGCAAACCGCCCGGCCACUCAGGUGACUUGGGGCGCCGUGAUGGCGAACGUAGGUCUGCUGCUGACAUCAGGACUGCUGGCGGCCGCGUGCCUCGUGUCUGUCGCCCUGUGGAGGAAGGACGCGGGACUGUGCAGCUCGAGACGGCCCGACCUUUUGGCCCAGCCCCUACCUGACACGCCCCCCGCACCCCACAAACACAAGCUGGUCAACAACUGGCUCGGACAACAACCUCCCCUCUUCAUCAUCAGCCCAAUGUCGGCGCCAACUGCCGGCUCCAUCUACGGUGGCUCCGUGGCGCCGCACAUCGUGCCGCUGCACAUGCCGCCGCCGCCUAUGGUCGUGCCGCCCUACAUGCUGCCGCACCCCCUGCCACCCCCGUGCGUCCUCCACACCCUGCCCCACGAACACAGGGAGCGGCGCGUGAGUCGGCACAAACGCAGCGAGGCGGACGCGGCGUCGCAGCACUCGUUCAGCCCGGAGGUGCUCGCGGCCGGCGGCCCCGAAAAGGACCCCAGAGAGGCGGAGCGUCUGGCGGCGCUGGCAGCGAAGCGACAGCGAGCGGCGGACGCGUUCACCGACGAGGAAGUGGAGCAGAGCUACACCGGGCUGGACCGCGUGAUCGCCGAGGAUUUUAUCUCGCAGACGAUCGAGCGGCACCAGUCGAGGGCCAACAGCACCGCCGACGACCACUGCGUCGUCCUCGAAAACAGCAGACUCUGAGUGUCAUACAAACAAAGCAGUGGAUGUCAACCAAUUGUUAAGAAUUAAUACAAACAAAAAGUCUAUUGCUCAGUUACGUGUAUAAAUAUAAUUUUAAUUAUUGUUUUUGUAAAUAUUCAACCCGAGACAUAUCUCCGUAGCAGUAACCAAUAAAUUUAUGUACUCAUUUUACGACCAAA